GUUUGGAUGCCCUUGUGUCGUAUGUGUGUUUGGUUUUUUCCUCUCUUUUUCUGGCCAAACCCAGUUAUUGCACUUUAGCGAAACAUUUUGUUUCGGUGAAUCCAGCGCGGUAUAGGUCUGCCCGUAGCUCGGUGAAGAAACAUGGGGAUUUGAUUCUAUUUCCAACGGGACAGGAAUUGGAUCGUGUUGGUACAUCAGACAAUAGUUGUAUUUUAGGUGGUGUCUGUCUAAAAAUGAAGCACCCGAAGCUAUGGAGAGCGUUGCUUUUCAUGACGGUGUUGUACCAGUUUGGGACGUCAAGCAGAUACGGUUGUGUGUUUGAGACAAGGCUGUGCUCCAGGGAGCAGUUCUGCUCUGAUGACGGUCUCUUUGGGCAGUGCCGUACCUCUAAGCAGGACCAGGUGCAGUACCAGGUGUCAUUUCCUGUUUUGAAGAGGAUGCAGGAAGUCCUCAAGCAGCUCAUGCUACAGGGUCUGUCCUGGCAGGAUGACAUUACCCAGUACGUUGUUGCCAAAGAGCUGAGCAGAGUUCCUCACACCACACAGUCCCUAAAGGCCUCAUCCUUUUCACAAACCAAGCAGAGCUCCUCCAAUCAGAGAGCACACCUCAGCAGCUCCUCCAGUCAGGGAGGAUACCCCAGCAGCUCCUCCAGUCAGGGAGGAUACCUCAGCAGCUCCUCCAGUCAGGGAGGAUACCCCAUCAGCUCAUUCAAUCAGGGAGGAUACCCCAGCAGCUCCUCCAAUCAGGGAGGAUACCCCAGCAGCUCCUCUAAGCAGGGAGGAUACCCCAGCAGCUCCUCUAAGCAGGGAGGAUACCCCAGCAGCUCCUCCAAUCAGGGAGGAUACCCCAGCAGCUCCUCCAAUCAGGGAGGAUAUCCCAGCAGCUCCUCUAAGCAGGGAGGAUACCUCAGCAGCUCCUCCAGUCAGGGAGGAUACCCCAGCAGCUCCUCCAGUCAGGGAAGAUACCCCAGCAGCUCCUCUAAGCAGGGAAGUUACCCCAGCAGCUCCUCUAAGCAGGGAGGAUACCCCAGCAGCUCCUCCAGUCAGGGAGGAUACCCCAGCAGCUCCUCCAGUCAGGGAGAAUACUCCAGCAGCUCCUCUAAGCAGGUAGGGUACCCCAGCAGCUCCUCUAAGCAGGGAGGAUAUCCCAGCAGCUCCUCUAAGCAGGGAGGAUACCCCAGCAGCUCCUCUAAGCAGGGAGGGUACCCCAGCAGCUCCUCUAAGCAAGGAGGAUACCCCAGCAGCUCCUCUAAGCAGGGAGGAUACCCCAGCAGCUCCUCUAAGCAGGGAGGAUACCCCAGCAGCUCCUCCAGUCAGGGAGGAUACCCCAGCAGCUCCUCCAGUCAGGUAGGAUACCCCAGCAGCUCCUCUAAGCAGGGAGGAUACCCCAGCAGCUCCUCCAAUCAGGGAGGAUACCCCAGCAGCACCUCCAAUCAGGGAGGAUACCCCAGCAGAUCCUCCAGUCAGGGAGGACACCCCAGCAGAUCCUCCAGUCAGGGAGGAUACCCCAGCAGAUCCUCCAGUCAGGGAGGAUACCCCAGCAGCUCCUCCAAUCAGGGAGGAUACCCCAGCAGAUCCUCCAGUCAGGGAGGAUACCCCAGCAGCUCCUCCAAUCAGGGAGGAUAUCCCAGUCAGGCUGACAGCCACCAGGACCACUUGAUAGUAGACCAUCUCCAGUCCCUGCUCCGCAUGCAGACAUCUCCCAUGGACCCCUUUACCUACCAACAGCACAGAUACCAGGAAGAUAUGGAGCGCUCCCUCCACCAGGGAGGAGGAGUCUACGCAGGGCUCCGCCCCUCCUCCAGAUACCAACAGGCCAAACAGAGAGAGAGGGACCAUCAACUGCUACAGGACGUCAUCUCCCUCUAUCUGUCCUCUUCCCCUGCACAGCCCUCAUUCCGCCACCGGGGGGCAGCAGCCCUGCCGGCCCCACCCUACUACGAGGAACCGGAGCUGCCUCUGGACUAUGUAGAGGACUACAGUCUGACAGAGCUGGCUAUGGCUAGAGCCAGACAACAGCAGCAGCUUCCACAGCAUGACUACAGCUCUCUGGCUGGGCUGGAUGGUGAGUUAGUAGAUCUGCUGUCUUAA